AUAUCGAUAUAUGGUGGUUUAUAUGCCUAUUGUCCCAUAUAUAUGGCGAAUGUGUAGCGGAAAAACUUGGUGUACAAUGUGCCUGGAGCUGCUGAGGCUGGACCUGGACGAACUCAGUGGGGGCAAGUUCGGAGGCGAGAAGCUGGAGCUGCUGAGGCUGGACCUGGACGAACUCAGUGGGGGCAAGUUUGGCGGAGAG